UCUACUAAUUUCCAUACACACUUUACCUUUUACAAAAAAAAUAUUAAUUAAUUUCCAUAUUCCUAAAGAUGGCUGAUGCCGUUGUGUCAUUUGCAGUUCAAAAAUUGGGUGAUUUCCUCAUUCAGGAAGUUAACCUACGUUUAAGUCUAAGAGAGGAUAUGAAGUGGAUGAGAACUGAGCUUCUCUUCAUGCAGUCUUUCCUCAAAGAUACAGAACUAAAACAAUAUGGAGAUCAUACAAUUCAACAAUGGGUAACUGAGAUGAACUCUAUUGCUAAUGACGCUGUUGCUAUACUCGAGACUUACAGUUUAGAGGCUGGUAAAGGUGCUAGUCGUCUCAAGGCGUGCGCUUGCAUAUGUAGGAAGGAGAAGAAAUUCUACAAUGUCGCCAAGGAGAUUCAAUCACUCAAGCAACGAAUCAUGGAUAUCUCUCGUAAAAGAGAUACUUAUAGUAUUACAAAUAUCAAUAGUAAUGCUGGAGAAGGAACAAGUAAUCAGGUUACAACACUGAGGAGAACUACCUCAUAUGUGGAUGACCAGGAUUACAUUUUUGUUGGACUUCAGGAUGUUGUAGAAUCAUUGCUAGCUGAACUUCUCAAAGCAGAGCCUCGUCGAAACGUCCUCUCCAUUCAUGGGAUGGGUGGAUUGGGCAAGACCACUCUUGCCAGAAACCUCUACAACAGUCCUAAUAUAGUCUCAAGCUUCCCUACUCGCACUUGGAUAUGUGUUUCUCAAGAGUACAACACAAUGGAUCUUUUUAAGACUAUCAUAAAAUCCAUCCAAGGUUGCGCCAAGGAAACUCUAGAUUUGUUGGAAAAGAUGGCAGAAACAGAUCUAGAAAAUCACCUUCGUGAUCUAUUAGAAGGAUGCAAAUACCUUGUGGUGGUUGAUGAUGUGUGGCAGAAAGAAGCAUGGGAGAGUUUGAAAAGAGCAUUUCCGGAUAGAAAUAAUGGCAGCAGAGUUAUUAUCACCACGCGCAACCAGGAUGUCGCUGAAAGAGCAAACAACAGAGGUUUUGUCCAUAAACUUCGUUUCCUAAAACAAGAAGAAAGUUGGGAUCUCUUUUGUAGGAAACUACUUGAUGUUCGAGCAAUGGUUCCAGCAAUGGAAAGUCUAGCUAAGGAUAUGGUGGAAAAAUGUAGAGGCUUACCUCUUGCAAUUGUUGUAUUGAGUGGACUACUUUCGCAUAGAUGGGGGCUAGACAAAUGGCAAAACGUGAAAGACUGCCUUUGGAAGGACAUUGAAGAAGACUCUAUUGAAAUCUCCUACAUACUAUCAUUAAGCUUCAACGAUUUGUCAGCUGCGCUCAAGAAGUGUUUUCUCUACUUUGGUGUUUUUCCAGAAGAUCAAGUGAUCGAUGCUGACGACAUAAUGCGGUUGUGGAUGACAGAGGGUUUCAUCAUACCAAGAGGAGAAGAAAGAAUGGAGGAUGUCGCUGAAGGCUUCUUGAAUGAGCUGAUAAGACGAAGCUUGGUUCAAGUAGCUCAAACAUUUUGGGAAAAAGUUACUGUAUGUAGGGUUCAUGAUUUACUUCGUGAUCUUGCCAUACAAAAGGCAUUGGAGGUAAACUUCUUUGACAUUUAUGAUCCAAGAAAGAACUUGAAAUCCACUUCAUGUAUAAGACAUGCCAUUCAUAGUGAAGGAGAAAGGUACCUCUCAUCACUUGAUCUUUCUAACUCGAAGUUGAGGUCAAUUAUGUUCUUUGAUCCACAUAUUUGUAAUGUGUUCCAACAUAUAGAUGUGUUCCGACAUAUAUAUGUGUUGUACUUGGAUAUUGAUUAUGGUAAAGUUAUACCUGAUGCCAUAGGGAGUUUGUACAACCUCAAGUUGUUACGCUUGAGUGUUGUCAGUAAAAUUCCCUCCUCCAUCGGCAACCUCAAGAAUCUACAGACACUUGUUGUUGUCAAUAUGGACAGACGCUUUUGCCAACUACCCCCCGAAACAGCUGACCUAAUAAAUUUAAGACAUUUAGUUGUUCCAUAUUCUAUACCUCUGGCAGGUAUAAGCAAACUCACUAGUCUUCAAGUUCUUCGCCUUGAUUGUGAUCAGUGGAAAGAAGUUGACCCAGUUGAUUUAGUCAAUCUUCGAGAAUUAGAGAUGCGUAAUAUAUACAAAUCUUACUCCCUAAACAACAUUAGCAGCUUGAAAAACCUUAACACUCUCAAAUUGUGUAUUUUGCUUGGUCCACAAUCUACAUAUCCAUUCCCAUCCCUUGAAUUUGUUAAUAGUUGUGAAAAGCUCCAGAAAUUGUUGUUAGGUGGGAGAUUAGAGAAACUGCCUGUGUUUCCAGAUUCCAUCACAAUGAUAUUUCUUUGGGAGUCAAGACUGACAAAAGAUCCGAUGCCUAUUUUGGGAAUGUUACCAAACCUAAGGAAUCUCGAAUUAGAAGCAGCUUAUGAAGGAGAAGAAAUAAUGUGCAGUGAUUACAGCUUCAGUCAACUAGAGCUCCUUCAUCUUUAUGGUCUUGACAACUUAGAAAGAUGGCAUUUAGGCACAAAUGCCAUGCCUCUCAUUAAAGAUCUUGUUAUCCAUCAUUGUCCAAAGCUGAGGGAGAUUCCAGAGAGAAUGAAAGACGUGAAGCAUUUCAAACGUAUAUGAAGUCUUAUAUGAUAAUAGGAAAGGAGAUGAAGACAUUCAAGUUGAUGAAGAUGGGUUGUCCAAGCAUCAAUCAAGCUUCCGUCACUUUACUGAUUUUGUGAUUCUAGGCAAAAAUGAGGAUUUUUUUGGUUUUUGGCUUCUUUUUUUUUUUUUAG